AUCAUGCCUACGGAUUUCCUCUUGUAUUCUGUUCUUUCGGGAACGUUCGCAGCAUUAGCAUCUGUCUCGGCAAAAUUGUUUAGCGAUUCCCGCACGCUCUCGUUCACCGUAUACGUCUGUGAAGCAGUAUAUACAUCUGGAUGUGAAGACUUGAUCUAUCCAAUUCGUGCUCUCUGCGUCGGUCUUAUGUUCCUGUGUAAUGCGGCCAUGUGGACUUUCUAUACUAAGGCGCUAAAUAAGUCGACUUCUAGCGUCAAAGUAACAGUGGUCAACAGUGCAACUAACUUUUGUAUGACGGCGAUACUUGGACACCUGUUGUUUAAUGAAGCACUUCAUCUCCAGUGGUGGUUAGGUGCCUCACUCAUCGUCACCGGAACUGUUAUUACAAGUCGCAAAAAUAGAGAGAAAAUCGAAUGA